AUGUCAACACCUUAUAUUUUCAAGGGUUCUUCCCCCCAAGCAUCCAAUCUUUCUACCCAAGACUUCAACUUCAGUGCCAUUAUACCUUCCGUGGAAGUCGCGGACGAGGAUCCUCCUUCAUCAAUAGGGGGUGAACGGACGCCUUCCGCGUCGGACUCUGAAGACUCCAGUCACCGCGCUUACACUCCAAGCCAGAGCACGGCGACUCCUCGUCACCGUGAAAAUCUAAGCUUGGGUGUCACGGAGCCUUUGCGAGCGUUAAAUCUCCAAGGAACUCCUACAUCGCAUCGGACACCUUCAUGGAGGCAUGAUUCUCGGCGACAGAGUACUGGUCUAUCCCCAGGCAAUUCCACAUCCACGUACGGGCGCUUGUUCAAUGCGACGCCUGAGCCCACACCAGAGCCAUCACGGGUACAGCCUAUUCUGAAUCGCGAUUCAGUCGUUGACGGCUUAGCAAGCGAUUUAGAGGAUUCUCAUCUGCAUGAUGGAGGGCCACCAAGUGAUGACAGCGACCAAUUGAGCGAGGACGGCGACGACGCAGCAGACAGUGACGACUCUUCCUUAUACAAUGUGCGAUGCGAACACUUGCCUCGUGCCCCUAUAUACAAUGCUGGCUUACAGGAAAUCCUGCGAGACAUCAAAACCCAGUUAUCAGUCCUCCAAAAUGAUAUGGACCUAUGCCCAUUAUCUCGUGACCACGAUUCUGAUCUCUUUCAACUGCGCGAAAAGGUGCGCAUGUUGAACAAGCUCGACUGCCCCGAGACGCGCACGGUGGGGUUCAUUGGAAACUCCGGGGUCGGCAAGAGCAGACUGAUAAACUCUCUACUAGAUCAAGAAGGCCUUGCCCGUUCAAGUGGUGAUGGUGCUGCAUGUACCUCGGUAGUUACCGAGUUUCGACACACAGAUGCGCGCCAUCCAGAUCGUUAUUCCAUCGACGUUGACUACAUGAACGAGGAAGAAGUGAAGGAGCUGCUAGAAGAGCUCGUUCAGAGCUUUAGAAUGUAUUACACCGAGCUCUACCGCGAAGUUACUAGCAUAGAAGAGCAGGAAAGAAUCCGUGACCGGUCAACCAGAGCAUGGAGCACCCUGAAUUCACUCUUUAGAGACCGGCCGGGGCUUACACACGAGUUCCUUUCCGAUCAGACUGACGGUGCUUUGUCUAGAAUAUUGGAGCAGCUUAAAGAUUGGGCAGCUCAAUCAUGUACGCGACGCCCUGGGGGUGCGGCGCUUCAGCACACCAUUAUUCCGGGUAGUGUCCAAGAAUGCAGAUCUCAUCUUGAUAUGCUUACAAUGGACCCACGUGGUGAGAGUGAGGUUGCCAUCUGGCCCUUCAUUAAACUGAUCAGGGAAAAUCAUGAAGACGCAAAAUUUGAGCUUGACCGGUUUCUGGUUGAGAGCCGAAAUCUGAGGGUCACAAGACAGUUACUUCAAAACCACGGUGCUGAAGUCCGGGUCUUUUGCGUCAGUAACGAAUGGUAUUCCAAGUACCGCCAGGAUGCAAACAGACACGCCGACACCUAUAUCGGGCUAAGCGGUAUCCGGGAACUUCGUCGUUAUUGUCAAUUAGUUCCAGCAGAGGCUCAGUUUCGUUUUACAGCUGCGUUUAUAGAGCAUCGGGUGCCGGCUGUUGUGAGAUCCGUAAAGCAAUGGGCCCUUGCGGGUUCAGAUGAUGUAACCGCAGAGAGAGCCGAUGCACUUCGGCAAGUAUUACGGGAUGUGGAGAACGUUUUUCGCGAGCGGCUUAUCCUUCGAAAUUCAGAAGUUCGAGAGUUUCCAAGAAGACUUGAAGAUCGGUUUCGUGACGAGAUCUUCGGUGUGACGUAUGAGUGCUGCCCCUUGUGGAAACGCAGCGCAUUACAGGCUAGCGGGGGGUGGGAGCGUUGGCAUCAUAGUACAUAUUCUGCUUUUUGUCGCAAUUAUGGAACGCAUUCUACCCCCGGUGCUGGUGGUUACCAUUGUUGGAAUGAGGAAUUGCUCGAAGGCAUGCAAACCGACCUCGAAGCACGCUGGGCAUCCAUACAAGAGUGGGUCUGUAUGCAGAAAACUGUAUUAAAAGAGACUGUGAGAAGAACAUUUGAGGAGAACACAGCCCAAAUAGAGGAUAUAAUGCACCUAGCUCCCCUGGCUCUGGAAAACUUCAUCGACAACAUGGACGACUGGGAGAACUGCGUGAUUGCAGCUAUUAACCAGUCUAUAGAUCAAUUACUCCAAGGGUUAAGCUACCUCACGAGCUCGAACAUCUUCCCAAACCUCGCUAAUAUCAGCGAAAGCCAAUGCCGAGCCAUUGUCAGAGAGAUUUGCCAGGAGAUGAAGCACACGUUAGAUGAGCAAGUAGGCAAUAUUUGUGACGAUCUUCACUGUAUAAUUGCUGAAGAGGGUGAGGUUACGGAGGCAAGGAGGUUCCCUGAAAUGGCGAGUACACUGCAAUUUAAGGUCGAUGCAGCCCAAGCGACCCUCGAGCGUGCACAGAGGAUUGUGGACGGAUUGAAGAGCCAACCACAGUGA